AUGUCUUUAAAUGAGACAACCGAAUUAUUCGCUAUCGUGAUCGAUCAGUCAGCGGUCAGUACUAAGCUUCUCCGAUCUAAGGUGGUUCAUUUGGUAACAGCAGCAGAUGGAGCUGAAGAUUACUACACUUUGGCCAAUAACUCAACAAGAAAGGAGAAUGUGGAAGCAGCGAAACAAAUGGACGACAGAACAAGAAAGGUUUGGUUGGGUCAUCCUUAUGUGGAUAUUGUCGACAACACUGACUGCAACAAGUUUAAAGACAAAGUGCUCAAAGUCAUACAGGUCGUUUGCGACAGGACGGGUAUCGACUCUCAGGAUCGUCUUAGCAAGAAUAGUAGGAAGCGUAAAUGGUUGGUGAGAGCCAUUGAUGAGAGUCAGUUCGUCAAAUAUGAGCAAUUCAACAUUAAGCAUCAGUAUCUUCUUUCGGAUAAUAUAGCGUCACAGGUCCGUAUUCGUUCCCGAAAGCAAAAUGGUCGAUCUACAUACACCGUGACCAGAAGGGAUCCAGUACCCGGGAAAAAAGAGUCCAUAGAAACUAGGACACAAAUUACGUUCCGCGAAUAUGCUCGUUAUGAAAAAAUGAAAGACCAGAGUCGUUCUCCUCUUCAUAAACAAAGACGUUGCUUUAUGGUUGGUAAUCAGUAUUUCAACCUCGAUAUUUAUACCCUGCUCCCGCCAUCAGCACGUUCUUUACAACUGGAUGGUCAGUUGAUUUUCCUCGAAACGUACACCACUAUUCCAGUUGGUCAUCCUUUGCCGCUUCCAGUUUUUCUAACAAUUGAGAAGGAGAUUACAGGGCAGAUCGGUUACAGUAUGUAUUCGAUGUCCAAGAAGGUGAACUCUUUCUGUGAGAUGGAAGAAUUCCUCGGUGCAGACGAAUACAAGGACGAAUAA